AUGGCGCUGAACCAGGAGUAUGCCCCCCGCAUCCGGGCAUGUCUUUUCGACAUGGACGGCUUGUUGAUCGACUCCGAGGACAGAUACACCCAGAUCACGAACGAAGUGCUUCAGAUGUAUGGCAAACCCAAUCUUCCCUGGGCGGUCAAGGCACAGCUUCAAGGACGUCCACAGCCUGAGGCAAGCAAGAUCUUCCACGACUGGGCACAACUCCCCAUCACCCCGGAGGAGACCGCCGUCAAGCAGGCCUCCCUGCAAGCAAAGUAUUUCCCUCAGUGCCAACCACUUCCAGGGGUUUCAACGUUGCUGUCCAACCUUGUGUCAACACAAUGUACUGACCAGCCGGUGUACAUUGCCCUGGCCACGUCGUCGAACAGCAGGAAUUUCAAGCUGAAAACCGACCACCUGACAGAUCUGUUCUCUGUAUUCCCCCAGGUGCACCGUGUUCUUGGAGAUGAUCCUCGUAUCGGCAAGGGACGAGGCAAGCCGCUGCCUGAUAUUUACCUGCUGGCAUUGGAGACCAUCAACGCAGACCUGCGUAGCCAGGGUAAGACCGAGAUCAAGCCAGAGGAGUGUCUUGUCUUCGAGGAUGCGGUUCCUGGUGUCGAAGCCGGACGCCGUGCUGGCAUGCAAGUAGUCUGGUGUCCCCACCCAGGUCUGCUGGAGACGUACAAAGGGCGCGAGGAUGAAGUUCUUGCUGGUCGAACUGGUGAACACAAGGAGGAGGAAAAAACGGCCCCCGAGAAGGAAGCGGAAGAGCUUCAGGCCUGGCGCAUCAAGGGAGCAGGGUCACCUGGAGAGCUUGGAGAUGGCUGGGGCCAGAUUUUCAGCACCCUGGAGGAUUUCCCUUACCAGCGGUAUGGGAUUCAGAUCCCAUGA